AUGGCCGAACUUCACAACCCCGAGUGGAUGGAGAAACUUCAGCAAGAGAUUGAAAGCGUGGUUGGGAGAGAUCCAAUGGUGGAGGAAUCGGACUUGGCGAAGCUGGAACUUGUCAACGCUGUUAUCAAGGAGACACUUCGUCUUCAUCCCCCGCUGCCCCUCAUGAUCCCACACACGUUCCCGGAGCCUCGAAUAGUGGCCGGCUUUGAGAUUCCAGCAAAGGCGACCGUGGUCAUCAAAGCAUACGCGAUUGGAAGGGACUCCCAGGCUUGGCCGAAUGAUCCGGGCAAGUUGAGGACUGGGAGAUUUGUUGGUAGCAAUACCAACGUCUAUGGCCAUGACUUUGAGUUGCUUCCGUUUGGAUCAGGAAAGCGAGGUUGUCCUGGGCUUCCUCUUGGGGUGCUCUCAAACUUGAUCCAGAGAUUUGACAGUGGCCCUGGAUUUAUUAAUACUAUUGCAGAUGCUGUUAUCACUCAAAGUGUGAAUCUCUGGAUGUUAUAA